AUGCGUCUUCUACACUACGACGAACAAGGCGAGGUGCGCAUUGUAAGCUUUGACGAUCGCGCGAUACCGCCUUAUGCUAUACUGUCACACACGUGGGGAGCGGAUGCGGAGGAGGUGACCUUCGCAGACCUCCAAACAGGCCACGGCAAGAACAAGCCAGGCCACAAGAAGAUCCUCUUCUGUGGAAAACAGGCACAGCGCGACGAUCUCCAGUACUUCUGGAUCGACACGUGCUGCAUCGACAAGGCUAACAAGGCUGAGCUCGCCUUCUCUAUCAGGUCGAUGUUUCACUGGUACCGCAAUGCAGCUCGGUGUUAUGUAUAUCUGUCUGAUGUUUCUACUCAGCCUCUACCGGUUACGCCAGGCUACUACAACUCACGAUGGUUUCUUUGGAUCUGGACACUGUCUAUUCUCUAUACACUGUCAAGAUGGCACAGCAGCGUGAUGCAUCGCUACUUCUAUACGCGCCAUGUAGCACGCACUGCAGUUAGCAGCGAUGUUGUGCUCAGCAAGCAGACGCCUGAGUUCACGUUCAAAGAAAGCAGAUGGUUUACCCGCGGAUGGACGCUGCAGGAGCUGCUCGCCCCAUCCACGGUAGAGUUCUUCUCUAAGGAAGGUGCCAAACUUGGCGACAAGUUUUCGCUGGCAAAAGAAGUGCGUGAAGUUACAGGCAUUCCUUGCUCAGCGUUGCAGGGCGAACCGUUGUCCGACUUCAGUGUGAACACGAGAAUCUUAUGGAACGAACACCGGGUAACGAAGAUUCCGACUGACCGCGCAUACUCUCUGAUGGGAAUCUUGGGAGUUAGUCUGUCGCCGUUCGACGGCGAGAGUCCAGCUGAAGCGAUGAAACGAGUCACAGACGAGGCCGAAAAGCAGGACAAGUGCCUUCGAGACAUACACCAGACAGAUCCUCGGAACGACAAGAAGCGCAUCGAGGAUACCAAAGGCGGUCUUCUCGCAGACUCCUACCGCUGGGUGUUUGCCAAUCGGACUUUUCAGCAAUGGCAACAGCGCUCGGAUAGCCGACUGCUGUGGGUCAAAGGCGACCCUGGCAAAGGAAAGACGAUGCUUCUGUGUGGCAUCAUUGACGAGCUGCACAACUCGAUGCCAAGGUCCACCCUGCUGUCGUACUUCUUUUGCCAGGCGACAGACCCGCGCAUUAACAGCGCUACAGCCGUGCUACGGGGCUUGCUGUAUAUGCUUAUACACCAGCAACCGUCACUUGUAUCGCAUAUCUGUAAGAAGUACGAUCAUGCAGGCAAAGCCUUGUUUGAGGAUGCAAAUGCCUGGGUCGCCUUGACGGAGAUCUUCAUGGACGUGCUACAAGACACUCAGCUGAGAACUACAUACCUGAUCGUCGAUGCGCUGGACGAGUGUGUCACUGAGUUGCCGAGGCUGCUUCACUUCAUCGCAAAGCAGUCUUCUGCCUCUUCCCAUGUCAAGUGGGUCGUGUCGAGCCGCAACUGGCCAGAGAUCGAAGAGCAGCUAGAGCAAGCUGGGCACAAGGCCGGGCUGAGCCUUGAGAUGAACGCAGAGCAUGUAUCUGCAGCUGUCGACGUGUUCGUCCAGCACAAGGUGACUCAGCUGGCACAGCAGAAGAACUACGACCAGCAGAUGCAAGACACGGUCUUGGAGAGGCUGACGGCAAACGCAGAUGGCACCUUCCUGUGGGUGGCGUUGGUGUGUCAGGAGCUUCGAGCAACAGCGAGACGGAACGUGCUGAAGAAACUGGACACUUUCCCGCCUGGCCUAAAGGCGCUUUACGAGCGGAUGAUGCAGCAGAUCAGCGUGUCGGAUGACGCUACAGUCUGCAAGCAGGUGCUGGCUUCAGCCGCGCUCGUGUACCGGCCAAUCACGCUGCAGGAGCUAGUGGCCCUUGCUGAGCCGCUCGAAGAUCUAACCGACGAAGCAGAGGUGCGAGAGAUCAUCGGCCUCUGUGGAUCGUUUCUCACUUUGCGAGAAGACACGAUCUACUUUGUGCAUCAGUCUGCAAAGGACUUUCUCUUUGCAAGUGCAUAUAACGAGGUCUUUCCACGGGGCGCUGAAGCCACCCAUCACGUGAUCUUCUCCAGGUCGCUCGCGAUCCUGUCCCAGACAUUGCAAAGGGAUAUGUACAGCCUGGAAGCGUUAGGUGUUGCUAUCAAAGAUGUUCAACCGCCAGAGCCAGAUCCGCUUGCAGCCUCACGCUACUCGUGCGUUUACUGGAUCGAUCACCUGUACGACUCGAAACCUAAGUCUUGGGCAUACAGUGUUGGUGACCUGAAAGUCACUGAUGUCAUUGAUGAGUUUUUGAGGACACAAUAUCUCUACUGGCUGGAAGGUCUCAGCCUGUGCAAAAGCAUAGGAAAGGGGGUGAUUUCGAUGGCAAAGCUAUGCUCUCUUGUUCAGGAGAUGCAGGAUACGAGUGAGCUUACUAAGCUUACUAAGGAUGCCAGCCGAUUUGUCAUGUACCACAACGGAGUUAUUGAGAGCUACCCUCUACAAACAUACGUAUCUGCUCUGCUAUUCAGUCCGACAGAGAGUGUGACUAGAAGGUUGUUCCAGGACAAAGAGCCAAAAGGAAUCACUAUCAAGCCAGCAAUGAGCGCUGGCUGGAGUGCUUGUCUGCAGACGCUUGAGGGCCAUAGCAGCGAAGUCAACUCUGUAGCCUUCUCGCACGACUCGAGCAAGCUGGCGUCGGCGUCAUGGGACAGGACGGUCAAGGUGUGGGAUGCGAGCAGCGGGGCGUGUCUGCAGACGCUCGAGGGCCAUAGCAGCAUUGUCAGGUCUGUAGCCUUCUCGCACGACUCGAGCAAGCUGGCGUCAGCGUCAGACGACAACACGAUCAAGGUGUGGGAUGCGAGCAGCGGGGCGUGCCUGCAGACGCUCGAGGGCCAUAGCAGCACUGUCACCUCUGUAGCCUUCUCGCACGACUCGAGCAAGCUAGCGUCAGCGUCAUACGACAACACAGUCAAGGUGUGGGAUGCGAGCAGCGGGGCGUGCCUGCAGACGCUCGAGGGCCAUAGCAGCACUGUCAACUCUGUAGCCUUCUCGCACGACUCGAGCAAGCUGGCGUCGGUGUCAGGCGACUGGACGGUCAAGGUGUGGGAUGCGAGCAGCGGGGCGUGUCUGCAGACGCUCGAGGGCCAUAGCGACUGGGUCAACUCUGUAGCCUUCUCGCACAACUCAAGCAAGCUGGCGUCAGCGUCAGACGACAACACGAUCAAGGUGUGGGAUGCGAGCAGCGGGGCGUGCCUGCAGACGCUCGAGGGCCAUAGCAGCACUGUCACCUCUGUAGCCUUCUCGCACGACUCGAGCAAGCUAGCGUCAGCGUCAUACGACAGGACGGUCAAGGUGUGGGAUGCGAGCAGCGGGGCGUGUCUGCAGACGCUUGAGGGCCAUAGCAGCACUGUCACCUCUGUAGCCUUCUCGCACGACUCGAGCAAGCUGGCGUCGGCGUCAGACGACAACACGAUCAAGGUGUGGGAUGCGAGCAGCGGGGCGUGUCUGCAGACGCUCGAGGGCCAUAGCAGCACUGUCACCUCUGUAGCCUUCUCGCACGACUCGAGCAAGCUGGCGUCGGCGUCAGGCGACCGGACCGUCAAGGUGUGGGAUGCGAGCAGCGGGGCGUGCCUGCAGACGCUCGAGGGCCAUAGCAGCACUGUCACCUCUGUAGCCUUCUCGCACGACUCGAGCAAGCUGGCGUCGGCGUCAUACGACAAGACGGUCAAGGUGUGGGAUGCGAGCAGCGGGGCGUGCCUGCAGACGCUUGAGGGCCAUAGCAGCACUGUCACCUCUGUAGCCUUCUCGCACGACUCGAGCAAGCUGGCGUCGGCGUCAUGGGACAGGACGGUCAAGGUGUGGGAUGCGAGCAGCGGGGCGUGUCUGCAGACGCUUGAGGGCCAUAGCAGCACUGUCACCUCUGUAGCCUUCUCGCACGACUCGAGCAAGCUGGCGUCGGCGUCAGACGACAACACGAUCAAGGUGUGGGAUGCGAGCAGCGGGGCGUGUCUGCAGACGCUUGAGGGCCAUAGCAGCUAUGUCAGGUCUGUAGCCUUCUCGCACGACUCGAGCAAGCUGGCGUCAGCGUCAGAUGACAACACAGUCAAGGUGUGGGAUGCGAGCAGCGGGGCGUGUCUGCAGACGCUUAACAUCGGCAAGGCUCUCUACCAUCUAUCCUUCGAUCCCACCAGCUCCUUUCUUCAUUCUGAGAUAGGCUCUAUUGCUAUACAUGGCCCGGGAACUUCCAGCGAGAUAGCCGUCGUGGAACCUGCACUUCCUCAGUAUCUAGGCACGAGCCUUAGCUCUGAUAGCAUAUGGAUUAAGUAUGGCGGCAGGAACUUGUUGUGGAUACCGUCAGAGUAUCGACCGUCACGCUCUGCAGUGUGCGGGAACAGAAUUGGGAUGGGCGUUGCGACUGGCAGAGUGUGGACCUGCAGUGUUGGCCCAGACAUCCUUACGUGUAUGCUCAGCAAGUUGUAGACAUGAAACAGUUGCUCGCUGCUCAAGAUUGAGCUUCUGAAGUCGGCUUCUUAAGUGGCUAUAAGGGCGUAUAGAGCUCACGAAUUGCAUAGCAAAGUAUAACAUGCAGCAAUCUGGAAAAAAAAAAAAAAAAAAAAAAAAAGACUGACGCUGUGUGAUUACGACUGAAUCUUGCGCUCUGUCUUCUAGCUGUUUUAAAGUGCGUCCCUACGU